AUGGGUCUGCAAAGGCCAAACUACACAUCACCCCUAUCAGAGUAUGUGUUACAAAUUGAAUUAUUAAGGGGAUGGGAAGUCCCUAAACUUACAAAAUUCACUGGUAACACAAACGACUCUGUUGUCGAACACAUUUCUUGUUACCUGACUGAGGCAGGUGACAUUGCUAACAACGAGAACCAGAGGAUGAAAUACUUCCCUAGUUCUCUAACAAAGAAUGCUUUCACAUGGUUUACUACUUUACCUCCUCAUUCAAUCCAUGAUUGGAAGCGUCUAGAGAGGUUAUUCCAUGAGCAGUUCUACAUGGGACAAUCUAAGAUUAGUCUGAAGGAAUUGUGCUUCACCCAAGUUCCUGAACAUGAGCUUGUCAAAAUAGCUGCUGGAGGGCUAGAUUAUUCCAUUAGGAAGAAGUUAGACAUUCAAUAUUUAAGAGAUAUGGCCCAGUUGGCAGAUAGAGUUAGGCAGGUAGAAAGAUUGAAGCCCGAGAAGGCUAGAGUGAGUAAGGGUAAAAAAAAGCGAAUAACUUAUGUUGACGUGGAAGACCAAGACAUAGUGUCUGAGGUCGAAUAUAAUCAUGUCGAAGAGUCUGAGGUUGACGUGGCUGAGUUAAAGUCAGGUCCCUCGUAUGUUUGUAAGUUGCUUACACCAGCAAAUGGGAAGAACCCUACAGAGCCUAAAGAAAAUGAUAAACUCCCUAAGAAAACCUACACCUUCGAUAUGACCAAAUGUGAUGAGAUUUUCGAUUUGUUGGUUUCAGAUGGUCAGAUAUUUGUGCCUCCAGGUGCAAAAGUGCCACCAUUAGAUCAAAGAAAGAAACGAGGGUUUUGUAAGUAUCACAAUUUCUUAGGAUAUAAAACCUCACAAUGUUUUCUUUUUAUGGAUCUUGUGCAUAAUGCAUUGAACGAAGGUAGACAAAAAUUUCCUAAGGGAAAAGCUCCCAUGAAGAUUAAUUCUUACCCAUUUCAGGUUGUGGAUGUUAGUUACGUGGAGCCUGCAGUUGUUAACAUGGUUGAAAUCAUUGAAUAUUUCAACAUAGAUGAAUUUGAAGAGAGUGGGAAUCAAAUCAAAGCUGUAUUUCCCAAAGUUGGUGAAAGUCUAUAG